GAAAUAGAUUUGUGUUGUGGCCAAGUGCUGCUAGAAUCAUACAUAAAGCGAGUUUUAGUUGCGCUUGUGUUUGCAGUUUGUAGUGUUUGUUUAUGCAAGGACAAUGCGGGUGCUGGUGUUCCUCUUGCUGUGUGUGUGGCUUGUCAAUGGGGAGCAUCUAGAGCGCGACCAAGUUGUAUUUGUGCCAGAAGAUUGGAUCCAUGCAGGCCGAGUGGCUCCUCAGGAGGAAGUGGAGCUCACUUUUGCCCUCAAGCAGCAGAAUGUGGACAGACUUCAGAAGCUGCUGCAGCUUGUAUCAGACCCGGAUUCACAGCAGUAUGGAAAGUUCUUGACCUUGGAGGAAGUGGCGUCUCUGGUCAGGCCGUCUCAGCUGACUGAGAAAGCCGUGUGGUCGUGGCUGCAGGGUCAUGGGAUCCAAAACUGCCAUACGGUGCAAACUCAAGACUUCUUGCAGUGCACUAUGACUGCUCAGGUGGCAGAAACAUUGCUUCCUGGAACUGAAUUUCACCGCUACAAGAGAGGUGCUCAGACUGUAAUGAGGUCAUCCUCUCAGUACUCGGUUCAUGAAGAUGUGUCUGAGCAUCUGGACUUUGUGGGUGGUGUGCUACGUUUUCCUUUGAGUGGUAAAGAAAUCAGUAAGGCCUGGGCAGGACCUAGGCGAUCUGGAAAGGCUUUUCAUUUGGGUGUGACUCCUACAACAUUAAGAGCUCGCUACAACCUGACUGCAGCCGAUAUUGGCAAUGGUGCUAACAACAGCCAAGCAGUGGUGCAGUUCUUGGAGCAGUAUUAUCACCCAGCAGACCUGGCUGAGUUCAUGAGUUUAUUUGCGAGAGGUUUCAAACACCUGACUGAAGUUGAGCGAGUGGUGGGUAAGCAGGGAGGAGGAAAAGCAGGCCUGGAAGCGAGUUUAGAUGUGGAAUACAUCAUGAGCACUGGAGCCAACAUCUCCACGUGGGUCUUCACCAACCCAGGUCGACAUGAGACCCAGGAGCCAUUCCUUCAGUGGAUGCUGCUCCUUAGCAACAUGUCUGACGUACCUUGGGUGCACACGAUCAGCUACGGGGAUGACGAGGACAGUCUGUCCACUGUCUAUAUGAAUCGCAUCAACAACGAAUUCAUGAAAGCUGGGCUUCGUGGAAUCUCUAUGCUCUUUGCAUCUGGAGACAGUGGAGCUGGCUGUCGGCACUUGACCAAAGAAAACGUGUUCAGGCCGAGCUUUCCCGCUUCCAGUCCAUAUGUGACCACAGUGGGUGGGACGUCCUUCAAGAAUCCUUUUAAAAUCACCUAUGAGGUCACUGAUUACAUCAGUGGGGGUGGCUUCAGUAAUGUGUUCACAAUGCCAGACUAUCAGGUUGGUGCAGUGAAGGCGUUUUUGAAAGGCGCACAGAAGCUUCCUCCAGAGUCCUACUUCAACUGCAGUGGAAGAGCCUAUCCUGACAUGGCAGCACUGUCGGACAAUUACUGGGUCGUUACCAACCUUGUACCCAUCCCAUGGGUUUCAGGAACCUCGGCCUCAACUCCAGUGGUCGGAGGAAUUCUCUCGCUCAUUAAUGACCAGCGCUUCCUGAAAGGCCUUCCUUCUCUUGGUUUCCUCAAUCCACGACUGUAUAAACUCAAAGGCACUGGUCUUUUUGAUGUAACGGAGGGAUGUCACUUGGCUUGUCUGGAUGACAAGGUAGAAGGGCAAGGUUUCUGCGCUGCUUCCUCAUGGGAUCCAGUGACUGGAUGGGGAACCCCAAAUUACCCUGCUCUACUUGCUGCUCUGAUCGCGGACUAAAGACUCUGCAAACAAACGGGUUUUGAAGAAUUUCACUUUUACCUUGCAAGACCUUAAAGAUACUCAAGUUUUGUAUAAACAAGACUAUCACUGUAUGAUUCUAAAUCGCAUAAUGUUCUAACUACAUCUUAUUGACCUUUUUUACUAAUGAGCAAAUGAAUCUGAACAAGUAAAGGUGUUUGGGUGCAUGUGGUUUUUGUUUUGUUUGUUUGUUUUUUAAAUUAUGAUUGUUAAAAUGAAUAAACACCACACACCUUC